AUGAAUCCAGAAGAGAUCACGGCGGAGGAGCAGACUUUUGGCAGCAGUUUGCCGUCCGCCGUUGCGUCUCAUCUUGACGUGGAUACUCAUGUACUCGCGCUUGAUUGGCAUCCCCGUCGCUUGGCGGUGCGUCUGCUACUUCGAGAUGGAUACAAACACGUCUACACGUUGUCGAUAGCUGACAAUUUAUCGUUCAGUAUGAACGAUAAACAAGGCACCAAGACGCUGAAACUGCAGCUCCACAAGUGCAUAAUCGACGUGGCUAGUGACCCUGGAACGGAAGACGAGAGCAUUAAAUUUGAGCCUUGUGGCCACUACAUUCUCCAGUCUACUGUCGUUUUAACCAGCGACGAAGAGGAGAAGAUAACGGUGAAAUUCGAGAACGAUGGGCACCUGACUCCUUCGCUAGCUUGCGUUUUAGAUGCAGGCUUCAUCUUCCGAGGGUUCCGUGGUCGUGCGAAGAAGAAGCCGUCUUUUUUCCGCCUUGUAUGUCGCACCUUGGACCAGUUUGUGUCGGGUAGUUGUCCUGAAUCUACCAGUCGGAAAGCGUCGCUUGUGUGUCUCACAUCGCGUAAACAAUGGCGUAAGAAGGAGUUCUUAGCACACGAAGAUCUGGAGCUCGAUGUGCAGUCUCUCAUCGCGUCCAAGGAGCAGUCUCCUGGUACACCAGUAUACGUAUACUGCUGCUACAAGCUCCAAAAGCUGGCCGUUGUACAGCCGACUGUUGUUAAUACUAAAGACAGCAACAACAUCGGUCGAAAUGCUGCCCUGGAGACCUGGUUAGAGCUCGAGAAGAAACUUAAAGAGCGACAAUCGAAGCUUGGAAACAGCCUCGUGGCUAUCGACAGUCCGGAGGCCAGAGUGAAAGCUGCACAAGAGCAAGAACAGGCUUCGAGGAAAGUGUACGUGCAAGUUACGGGUGAAAUCACACGUGUUCGUCGCUUUAGCAAGGGUAUGGCCUUCCUCUCGCUCGAGUUGACGGGCACUGGCUACGACAGACCGCUGCAGGUUUUCUUACAGCGAGAGACGAUGAAUUGGUCCUUAGAAACGUUUCUAAAGGUAGUGAGUCUACUUCGCAAAGGAGACGAGCUGAUUGGAGUUGGAUUCAUGGCUCGCAAUGCCCGUGGACACUCCAUGCUGCAAGUUGAAGCGCUGUCGUUAGCGCGUUCUGGAGAAUACGAAGCUUACAAUUAA